AUGGGCAUUGGAGGGGGUUUCGGGGCCAGCAAGAAGAAGCCACUACAGGGCUCCCCGGCGGCGUUCCCCGCGUACGGCGACCGCGACGCGACGCUCGUGCUGCACGGGCCAAUGGAGUCGUUCAAUACGCCAGUCAACGUCGCAAUCUACAACCCCACAUCCAAGACUCUUAAAUACGCUCAAAGGACAUUCACAGCGCAUGUGUACUACGUGCCGCUGAGAAUGGGGUCGCAGCAGCAGCGCUUCCGGGCGCAGGUGGACCUGCUCUUCAGCGCGCUCUGGGUGCCCUGUGACUGCAUCUCCUGCGCCAAGGGCCUCCAGGAGGUGCCGAAAGACACACCCUUUGACACCCUCUCCUCCUACUCCGUCCAAUACCUCUCCUGCUCCGACCCCCGCUGCGUCUCCGUGGGUCUCUCGGAGUUCAAUCCACCCUUGGUGGGGUGCAACGACCCUGGCAAAGCGAACCCGUAUGUGAACACGACCUUGAUUCCGGGCAACGACCCGCUCUGCGUGUACACGACGCCGCUGGGAGCCAACGGCUACGACCUCUUUAAUUCUGACAACACUACUGUUCUCUACGCCAAUGGAAGUGAUCCCGCCAUCGGCCCUCUGAAUUCCGUUGGUCACGUGAUUUCUGAUUCGCUCUUCUUUCCAGAAGACAUGGCUACAGCAGCCGCGGCUGCAGCGUCAGACGCAGCAGCGAAAGCAGCGGCAGAGGCAGAGGCAGAAGCGAAAGCAGUGGAAGAAGCAUACAUAGUGGCGGCAGCAUUCGGUGUGGCUCCUGCUGCGGCUCCUUCCUCUGCUGCUGCUCCUGCUUCAUCUGCAGCACCUGCAGCACCGCCGCUUCCCCCUCUUUCCAACCGCACCAUCUUCUUUGGAUGCGGCUCCGCACAAUCUGGGUGGUGGGGACAGCAGGACUCAUGGGUUCCCAACGGCGUGGUUGGCCUCGGCCCGUUCAGCCCCCUUUUGAAGCAGCUCGCAAAUGCAUCCAUGACGUUUGCCAUGUGUCUGGAGAGGCCGAGGUCACGGUUGGAGAAUGUGACGCGGUGGAAUCAGGCGAAGCUAUCGUUACAGGUGGAGCCUUUGGAGAAGUUUGACGGGGGGAGCCACCUCAUGGUGGGACCUGUGGACCUCCCUGCCGACGCCAGCCGCACCGAGAUCGUUUAUUUUGAUGGCUUGUACGUUCCAGUCAUUAUCAACACGAGUUACAGCAUGGGGAACAAGGUCCUAGAGAAGCAUGCAAAGGCAAACACGGAACCGAAUGUGAUUGCCUUCUCGUCCACCAUCUUCACGCACUUUCUCAGGGCGCAGCUCGUGCAAGCCAUCCUUGCCGAGCUUGGAUUUCCCAAGGCAUUUGAUGACAUGAAUGUGGACAACACCACCCUUGCCUGCUUCCGGAGUGACAAGGAUCCAUUCACGACCUUCCCCAGCAUUCGCAUUGGUUUCGUGGAGGGUUCUGAGUUUGUCGUUCCUCCUUCCAGCUACGUUGCCCAAGUGGGCAACAAGGAGUACUGCUUCCUGUGUCAUGUCGGAGAUAUUGACAUAUGGGCAGCGCCGGCGCUGUACGACAAGCAGAUUUACGUCAACUACGCCAACAAGACCUUCGCUUGGAUCGACUCCCCACAAUGUUCAAAGAACCUCUCGUUUGUCCCGCCGCCGCCCUCACCUCCUCCUGCUGCUCCUGCUGCGCCCAAGCCUGCUGCCAGACUGGCUCCUCUGCCGUCUCUAUCCUGGCACCUGGUGACAACGACAGGGUCUCUCCUGCUGCUGCUGCUACUGCCGCUGCUGCUAGUCUGA